UACACGUAGGCUUUCAUUUGAGUGUAGCCUGUGUCUCCCUCUCUCUCUCUGUGAAUCAGUAAAAUCACCAACUCUCACUGUCCGUUUCAGUUUUCAGGCGUAUCGUCACAUCACAUCACAUCCUGUAAUCCCCCACUCCCUCUCUCUCUUUUCUCAUUUCUCUCACUUUCUCGACCCUGAAACUUCCUCGAGAAACAAGCACCAGAACUGCCGUAAUUCUUUCAUCUCUCAAAGAAUGAACAGGAGGAGGAAGUCAAAGAAAUGCAAUUUUCUGGAUAAAUCUCAAACUUGGUGGACGACGAAUUGCAGUGCUCCUGCAAGGAAUCUAAGGAAGAGCGACCUAGGUGGAGUUAUCUUUGGUUGCAAGAAUAACACAAUCGAAGAAUGUUAUUCUGAACAGUUGUUUGGAUUACCGCGUCCACAUUUCUCGUAUGUAAAGAAUGUGAGCAUUGGUUUGCCGCUUUUCUUAUUCAAUUACAGCUAUAGGAAACUUCAUGGUAUCUUCGAGGCCGCAAGCCAGGGACAGUUGGAUAUUAGACCUUAUGGAUGGACUCAAUACGGUUCAGAUACUCCAUUUCCUGCACAGGUCAAGAUUCGAAUCCUGAUGCCGUGCCAUCCAUUGCUAGAAGACCAGUUCAGAACUGUAAUUUCUAGUAACUACUAUGAACCAAGACUGUUUUGGUUUGAACUAGACCGAGAUCAAACAAAAGACUUGAUCUCAUUGUUUUCAGCUUCGCCACUUGCUGUGAGUACUUCCAUCCCAAGCAAUACACAUAAGAGGAAUAGUGUAUUCAAAGCUUCAUACGUCCAGGAAGUUGGCUUCACUGAGACACCUGCAUCAGAAUGGAAUGCUCAUCCAGACCAGAUCAGUGCAGAAUGGCAAUGUUACGAUGCUCCUGGUCUGUUUGGCACAGGAACUCUCAUUGGUGAAAAUGUUGCAGAAAAGGAUGAGGAACCAGGAGAACAUGAUCGAACUUAUGCUUCUGUGGCGAGAUGUGCAGGGCUUUCCUUUCGACAAAAGAAGUGGAGUGCCUUGUUUAAAAGUUCAGACACUUCUACUGUAGGGAAUGAAGCCGUAGAUUUUAAGGCAACAGCUUUAGAGCUGAACCUUCCAUGUAUUGCACCUUGUUUGGAUGGCGGGAGUAAUCUUUCCGAAGCUCCUGCAGAUGAUUCAGUAAGGCAUAAUGAACAAACUCAUAGGAUUGAAGCCAAGUACUCUUCAUGUGAUGCACCUUGUUUGGACGUAGACGGUAAGUUUUCGAAAGUUUGUACAGAUGAGCGUGCAGCAGAAAUAGGUAGCAAGGAAAAUAUACACUUCAGACCAACUGGUGAAUGCUCCUCAUUUUCAGUCAUGACAAAGGAGAUGUCAUCAAAGCAUAAGCGUGGGGAAGAAAAGGGGAGAUGCGGGAUGGCAUCAGAUGAUAUUUGCUUUCCAGAAGCACCAAUUGUUUUAGAAUCGAAAUCCUCUGAACUUGAGUCUGCUGUGGCUGAGAUUGAAUCAAGAAGAGGAAUUCAAAGUGUAAAAGAUCAAUACAAGAUUUUGGAAUGUGGGCCAUUUCCUAAAACUGGAUUAGUUACUGAAAAAGAAUACGGAUCAAGUGAUGAACCUUGUUCAGACCUUGAUGUGAAAGUGCUUAUUGUUGGAGGAUAUGAUGGGUCUCUGUGGCCAUCAGCUUUGGGGUGUUAUUAUCCUUCUCGUGAUCUUAUGGAAUCCCUUAGUCCAAUGAAUUUCAUACGUUCACAUGCCUCAGCAGCAGAGCUAAACGGUGACCUCUACUUGUUUGGUGGUGUAUAUAAUAAUUCGUGGUAUGAUACAGUUGAAUCAUACAACCCAAUAAGCAAUCAGUGGGUUAAUAGACCUUCACUUAAUCAAAAGAAAGGAAGACUAGCUGGAAUUUCUCUAAAUCAGAAAAUUUUUGCAAUUGGUGGUGGAAAUGGUGUUCAAUGUUUCUCAGAGGUGGAAAUGUUUGAUCCAUACGUAGGAAGGUGGAUCCCUGGUCAGUCAAUGAGAUGCAAGAGAUUUGAUGCCUCAGCAGUAGAAAUUAAUGGCACGAUCUAUGUUACUGGAGGACGUAAUGAAAAGGUUUACUUGAAGUUACCCUCCUAUCUCAGAUCAGCAGAAAGAUUUGAUCCUCGAGAACAUUUGUGGACCAGACUUGGGAAAAUGUCCACGAAGAAAUCGGGCCAUUCAUUGUUUGUUCUGAAUGAGAAACUAUAUGCUGUAGGCGGCCAUGAUGGAAAUAGGAUGGUCUCAUCUGUUGAGGUUUUUGACCCUCGUGCUGGUUCAUGGAUGACGGGUGAAUCCUUGACUUGUUCGAGGGGAUGCUUUGGUGCUGUUGUAAUUGCAGAUUCUCUGUAUGUCAUUAGGGGAUUAAAUGAAAAUGAGGAAGUAUUGGACACGGUGGAAUGUUAUAAGGAGGGACGUGGAUGGGCAUUGACAAAUCUUAGAGGCGUUGGAAAAAUAUGCGCUUUCUCUGCUGUCGUCAUGUAAUACCAGGGAGUGAAAAGCAACAGGUUAGGGUUGAAUCUUUUCAAUCUUGUCUGUCUGUCCUGUCAACGGUGUUCGUAUUCUAAAGAGUAGUGAGCUAUAACUUCGGUUUGUACUCUUACAAAGUUCAACCUACUUAUUUUUGGGUGGGGAACACCACGUGAGCCAUUUGCAUUUUAAUCAUUUUCAAAGGUAGAUUGUGUCUUUUUUUUUUUUUUUUAAGUGAUGUGUCGUGCAUGUGUGAGUAGAAAAGAGCAGAAAAGAAAUAGAAGGAAGAGUGCGGCACCUUAAGUGAGGGAGAGGAUUUAUCGCCUUUUUUUUCAUCAUACUUCCAUUAGGGUUUUGAGAGAUGAUUUUGAUGAAAUUUUAGUAUGUUAUUUCCAAAGUUUCGUUUUGACU